AGCGCCUGUUUCUAUCACUGUUUGUUGCUUUCAUCAGCACAGCUUUUCCGUGUCGACGACACUCACGCAUUUUGGGACGCCGAUAGACGCCGCAGUCUCGGCAACUUCCACCCGCUCCACCUCUCUCCACACCUCAUCUCCCCGCCCUCGUUCCCCGCCGCCACUUCACGCGCCCCCUCCCAGCCGGCGCAAACGCGCUCGCCACGAUGGAGGCCAUACGCAUGUCCUCCCCGCAGUCGCCGACGUUCGAGUUGACAGACCCGAUCUCGCGGACGACCUCGCGCGUAUCGCGAUUCUCGCUUGACCCAGAUCCCGAGGCGGGCAAGGAGCGAAGGUUGUCACCGAGCACAACCGCGACGCCGCCCGCCGCGGCGGAGAAAGAUGACCCCUUCGAAGUACUCUGGGACGGGCCAAACGACCCGGAGUGCCCGCUGAACAUGUCCAUGGCGCGCAAGUGGGCGAUUGUGGUCGUCAUCGCCGUGUCAUGCCUCUGUGUGACCUGCUGCUCCUCCAUGGCCGCCAUGACAUACAGCGGCAUGAUCGCGACGUACGGGAUCAACACGACGCUCUGCAUCUCGUCGAUCUCGUUCUUCGUCAUGGGCCUGGGAUGCGGGCCGCUCCUCCUCGGCCCUGUGUCCGAGUUCGCGGGCCGCAAGCCGGUGCUGCACGGUGGCUUCGCGCUCUUCUUCCUCCUCAACUUUCCCGUCGCGUUCGCGCCCCACAUUGCCCUCCACCUCGCCUUCCGCUUCCUCACGGGCUUCGUGGGCUCGGCGUUCCUCUCCGUCUCGGGCGGCGCCAUCACCGACGUGUUCCACAACACGCGCGUGGCGACGCCCAUGAUGAUCUUUAGCUCGGCGCCGUUCCUCGGCCCCGUCCUCGGCCCCCUCCUGAGUGGCUUCAUCAACCAGCGCCAACCAGAUUGGCGCUGGACAUACUACGUCGUGAUUAUGUGGGCAUUCGUGUGCAUGGCCGCGCUCCUCCUCCUCCUCCCCGAAACGUACGACCCGCAGCUAUUGAAGCGCAAAGCGCGGCGGCUGCGCCAGGACACGGGCGACGCGCGCUGGCGCGCGCCAAUCGAGAAACUCGACCGCUCCUUCGCCGCAGCGCUCAAGCAUUCGCUCCGCACGCCCUUCCGUCUCCUCGCGACAGAACCCAUGGUCCUCUUCCUCGACCUCUGGUCCGCCCUCAUCCUCGGCAUCCUCUACCUCUCCUUCUCGGGCGUGCCGUACAUCUUCCGGACGCAGCACGGCUUCUCGCUCGAGCAGACCGGCAUGAGCUUCCUCGGCAUCGGCGCAGGCCAGGUCGUCGCCGCCCUCUCCCAGCCCCUCUUCAACCGCGCCUACGCCAAAGUCAGCGCCGCUCACGGCGGGCACGCGCCCCCCGAAGCCCGCCUCGUCAUGGGCAUGUUCGGCGGCGUCAUCUGCCCCAUCGGCCUGCUGUUGCUCGGCCUCACAGCCUUCAAAGAGGUGCAUUGGAUAGUGCCGAUCGUUUUGAGCUCCUUCUUCGGCCUCGGGUUGGUGUACGCGUACACCGCGACAUUCACGUACCUCGUCGACGCGUACCGCCCCGUCGCGGCGAGUGCGUUGGCCAGCAACAGCUUCCUUAGGAGUACCUUUGCGGCAGGCUUCCCCUUGUUCGGGCUGCCGCUGUAUGAGCGCCUUGGGCCGGUCGGCGCGACCUGCCUCCUUGCCGGGCUGUUGUUCUUGUUCACGCCGCUGCCCUUCAUUUUCUACCGAACGGGCGCGUCGGUGCGAGCACGCUCCAAUUUUGCGGCUCACGGGAUGUAGCAGGGAGACAGCGAGGUUGAUUCGGGUUGAGUAGAGACACUGGUA